AUGUUGAAUCUAAAUUAAGAGAGAGAAAGGUUGGAGAUGAUACUUUAGACAGAAGGUGAUUAAGCAAUCUAGUCAGAGACAUCUUCUCAGCUCUAAAAGUAUACAUCAAAUAAUAUUAAUAACCUCAACUUAAAUGAAAAUCUAUGCACAGAUUAAGAGAUGGUUGAGAUUGAUAAUAUAAAAGAUCAAAAUUAAGAUCAUAUUGAAAAAGACUAAGAAGCAGAGGAAGAAAAAAAACAUAUAGAAAGGGAAAUUAUCUCUUUUGAAUCUAUGAAUAGGAUAGAUAAAGAAAGACAGCAUGCAUGGAAAAAGUUUAAUUUCAACUUUAAAACAAAUUGGUUUUAGCGCAUCUUUCUGAUAGAUCUUCUUUACCUUUUAUUCCAUUGCAGAAAAUCAGUUAAAGAUCAUAAAGAAAUCCAUUUAAAUGAUAUUCCUCACUUAUUCCCUGAGGAUUAAAUUAGCAAUUUGAGUAAAAAAUUCGAUGUUUAUAUUUAAAGGGAACAGGUUGAGCUGGAUAAGAAAGGAAAGGAGAUUGGAGCGAUAACUAUGCUCAAAGUUUUUUUAUUGACCUUCAGAUUUUCUUUUUUUAUGGAGUUUUUUUAUGUCUUCAUGUUGAACGCAUUUAAGAUUGUUUCUUCUAUUUGCAUUAGAAACCUAAUUAACGAUAUCGCUUAUUAAGAACCUGCUUCAAAAUAAUAUAUGUGGGCUGCAAUUAUUGCUGUCAGCAAUUUUAUCUAAGUUUUAUGCAUGCAUCAUGCAAAUAAAAUUAACUAUUCGCUAUUCUCUUCAAUCAGAGUUAUGUUUAUGAAAACUCUUUACUAAAAAGUUUCAAAUCUCUCAGCCUAUACCAUAAAAGAAGCAAAUGUAGGAAAACUUGUUAACAUUGUAUCAAGUGAUUUAACUACUAUUGAAGUUAAGAGCUUUUUAAUUAUAUCCCUGAUGGUAAUACCUUUUGGAUUAAUAUCCGUUGCUGUAGUAUUAUACUUUAGAUUUGGAAGCUUUGGUGUUCUAAGUCUUAUUUUGAUGAUUUGCUUUAUACCUAUUUAAAUAUAUGUUGCUGAAAAGAGUUCCAAUGCCUUCGCUUAAAAAACAAACUUAGUAGAUAAAAGAAUCAAUCUAACUAAUGAAGUUAUUGAAGGUAUUCGUUUAAUUAAAAUGUAUGCUUGGGAAGGCGCAUUCAAGAAAGCAAUUGUUGAAGUUAGAAAGUUAGAACUUAAAAAGGUCUUGACAAUUUUAAUGUAUUUCAUUUUUGAACACUCACUGUCUGCUACAUCAGGUGUUUUGGCUACAUAUUUUGUCUUUGCUUUAACUCAUAGCUAUGGAGAUGCAUCUUAACUAAAUAUAGGAAAUAUGUUUUCCACUCUCGAUUUAUUGUAGUACACUAAAUAAGCUAUGAUAUCAUUCGCAGGAUUCGGAAUAAGUGGUGCUCUAGAGUUAAGAGUAGUAUUUCAAAGAAUGGCUAGCGUUUUUAAAAUAAAAGAAAAUCUAAUGGCUUCUGUAGACGGAAAAAACUAAUACGAAACAGCUGUACUCGAUAAUGGAGAAAUUAAAAUGAAAAACUUCUAUGCCUAUUGGAAAGGUGAUGAGCCUGUUUUGAAAGAUAUAGAUUUACACAUAUAAUAAGGAGAGUUUGUCUCAAUAGUAGGAAAGAUAGGUUCUGGUAAAUCUACAUUACUUAAUUGCAUUUUGAAAGAAGUGCCAAGGUUUAGAGGAAGUUUUUCUUAUAAAGGUAAGCUUGCUUAUGUAGAAUAAGAACCUUAUAUAUUUAGUAGCUCUGUUAGAGAUAAUAUUGUUUUCGGUAAAAAGUACAAAGAAUCCUUUUACAAUUAAGUUGUUGAAGUUUGCAAUUUACUUGAUGAUUUUAAGCUCUUAUCAAAUGGUGAUUUAACAGAGAUUGGAGAAAGAGGUCUAAACAUUAGUGGAGGUUAGAAAGCUCGUAUUUCUUUAGCAAGAGCUUUGUAUUCUCAAGCUGAUAUAUAUUUAUUUGAUGAUCCACUAUCAGCUGUUGAUGCUAAAGUAGCAAAAUCUUUAUUCUAUGGAGCAAUUAAAAAAUUUUUAAAGAACUCAACAGUAAUCUUGGUCACCCAUUAAAUUCAUUUUACAAAAGAUUCAGAUAGAAUUAUUAUCAUGAAUGAGGGUUAAAUUACUGAUUCAGGCACUUUCAAUGAACUUGAAGAAAAAUUAAAAAACCUAGCAAAUUAUAUUUAAUUAAAUGAAUCUCACAGUAGAAGUGUAAGCCGUAUUGAAGAUUUUGAAUAAUUAAAGUAAAUUAUAGAAGAAGAAAAUGAGGAAAAAAAGUAAUUGGAACAUGUCACUGCUUAAGAAAAUUAGUAAACUCAAUAAGAUUAGAAAAUGGAAUCAUAAAUUAAUCAUGAAAAAAAAAUGGAUGCUGAGAACAACACUCCUUUAGAGUUAGAAAAUAAAAAAAAUGAUGAAGAUCUUGCAAAGGUUGAUGUUGAAUUGAAAUUAGAAGAAGAAUAGAAGAAAAAGGAGAUUUAAGGACUUUAUACCAAGGAGUCAAAUGAAAAUAUUUCUGUGACCUUUUAAACUUAUUGGAAUUUUAUGAAAUCUUCUAAAUAUAUAGCUCUUGUACCUUUGAUGAUUAUUUUAUUUUUUACCUGUGAAGUUUUAACUACUAUUUUUACAAAUGCAAUUGGAUACUAUAAUUAACCUGGCUAUAUGAAUCAAAGUGUUAUAGAUGCUUUAGGUUAUAUAACACUUGGUUAUUAUCUUAAUGCUGUAAUCAAAUAUUUAAUUAUCAUAAAUUUCUUAAACUCAAGUAGCUAAAGUCUUCAUAACAAAAUGAUAGAAUCAUUAGUAAGAUCAAAAGUUCUCUAUUUUGAUUAGACUUAAAGUGGUAGAAUUAUUAAUAGAUUUUCUACUGAUUUAGUUAUUGUUGACUAAAGUUUACCUCUAACCUCAAUAGACUCAAUUGAAAUUCUUUGCACUCAUAUUGUUCUUCUUAUUAUGCUGAUUAUUAUUAAUCCUUAUUUUAUUAUUGUAGCAUUCUUUUUGAUCUUAAUUUUAUACAACUUUAUGAUAAUUUCUAAAGUUUGCCUUAUUGAAUCAAAGUAAACUGACUUGAGAAAUCGUUCUCCUGUCUUUAAUUAUUUUACUACUACGGUAUAAGGAAUUUUACCUUUAAGAGUUUAUGAAUAAACCAAGUUAUUUUAAUACAAAUUUGAUGAACUCUCAGAUGCUUCUCUAAGAUCUUCUUGUUGUUAUUGGUAUAUUACCAGAGCAUUUGGUGCUUACGUACAUGGAUUCUCUUGCAUAGCUGGUAUUAUUGGUAUUUUUAUGCUUAUUGCUAUAGGUAAAAGUGGUUCAUAGGUUGGAUAAUCUAUUGUUUACUUUUUAACGAUGAGUGAUAUUAUUUAGUGGGGUUUAAGAUAAAUGAUCUAAACUGAUGUCACUAUGUCUAGUGCAUAGAGAAUACAUAACAUGUGCUAACUUGAACCAGAGCCAGCUCUAGAAACUAGCUAUGAUUAAUAGCAUAUUAAAUAAAAUCUCUAAGCUAAGAAAACAGAUUAAGGUGUUGUUUUAUAAGAAUAAAAAUUCCCAACAGAUGGUAAAGUGGAAUUCAUAAAUGUUAGGAUGAGAUACAGGGAAGGAUUGGAUCCUGUACUCAAUCAAUUAUCCUUUACUAUAAAUCCAGGAUAGAGAGUUGGAUGUGUGGGUAGAACUGGAGCUGGAAAGUCUUCUAUCAUAACAGCAUUAUUUAGAAUGACAGAAAUCGAUGACCCAACUGAUGAAAAUGAAGAAAUAGCCAUAAAAAUUGAUGGCCACAUGACUAAAUAACUAGGAUUGCAUACUCUUAGAGGCGGUAUAAGCAUGAUUCCUUAGAUUCCUUUUAUUUUUAGUGGAACUAUUUUGAGAAACUUAGAUCCUCUUGGGGAAUAUACCGAAGAAUAAAUUAAAGAAGUAAUUGAAGAAAUAGGAUUAUCAGAAAAAAUUCAAUCUUUGCCGAAAGGAUUGCAUACAGAUAUGUCAAAUGCAAGUGAAGUGUUUAGUGUAGGCUAAAAGUAGUUAAUAUGUUUAGGUAGAGCAAUCUUAAAAAAGAGUAAGCUUUUAAUUUUAGAUGAAGCUACAGCCAAUGUAGACAUGGUGACUGAUGAUUUAAUUUAAAGAAAAAUCAAAGAAAGAUUCAUAAAUUCAACUGUAAUAACUGUAGCACAUAGACUUAAUACUAUUGCUGAUUAUGAUAUGGUAAUAGUAAUGGAUAAAGGUAAAGUUAUUGAGUCUGGUGAUCCCUACAUACUACUUUAGCAAGAUUCUAGUUACUUUAAAGCUAUGGUAAACCAUACUGGAAAGAAAAAUGCUAAAACUAUUAUGGAUAUUGCAAAAUAGGCACAUUUAUAAAAAAAAAAAGAUUAACAUUGA